UUUGCAUGCCACGGCUGGCUCCAUCUGACAAUCAGCCCAACGUCCGAUGUCAUGGAGGUGUCGCUGAAGCACCUGGAAGCGCACUUACCGUACAAUGACAUCGAGCUUCCCGAUGAGUGGAAAACCUAUAUCGAGAAGCAGGCACUUCAUCAGACACCUGGCGAAGUGAAUCUAACCAUUGUUUCCCGACAGAUCUGGUCACAUAUCGUCGAGGUUGAAGAUCAGCGCGGCGGUCCAGGCAUAAGAUUCAAGGAGAAGUCCGUGUACUACCAUUGGCUAGUGGCAAGCAGGAAGGAGUGGCGGCUGGCGGACACGCCCCUUGCAUCUGCGGAGAAGUUCCUGAAGGACAAAGGCGAGAAACACGGCGUUGAGCGCAUGGAGAUCGAGCCAGAACCAGGAACAGAGGUGGUCGCGUUUUACGUCAAGGAAUUCAUCUCAGGAUGGGCGGCGCACACGCAGGAGCUGGCCAUGGACUCGACGUGGAACACUAAUGGUGGGAAUUUCGAGCUCUUUGCAGCUGUUGCCUCCAACGCAAAUGGCUCUGGGAUACCGCUUGCUUUCAUGUUCAUUUCUACGACAAAGGAUGCCGCACCGGGUGCCAAGCGCACCGUUCUCGAACGAUUCCUCAGCAAUCUGAAAGAUCUCGGUGUUCAUCCGGAGUUCACGCUUACCGACAAGGACUGGUCAGAAAUCUAUCUCUAUAAAACCUGCCACUGA